CUAAUGUCUAAAUUUUACAUUGAAUAAAAUUGCAAUGUUCGCGAAAUGUACGAUUACAAAAACUAAAAAAGAAAGUAAGGGAUCUGCAUAUAUUGUCGAUUCCUAUUGGAACGAACGAGGCUUUCCAAUGCACGUUACGUCGCGUAAGCAAAACAGUGCUGCCGUAUGAAGUGUCAUCGUACUAAUAUUUUGCGUAUGCCACUUCUCGGUUUGCAAACGAUAAAAACAUGGCGUCCAAUCGGCCUGGCUGGCGAGACAAGUAACUCUACUAUUGCGCAAAUAUCAAUGGAUGGCCCAGGGACAAUUACAUGGGACGAAUAUCUCGAAAAUGCUGAAAUCUUUUUGCAAAUGUCGGAUAGGAUCUCUGAUGGAUGGGAAUUUCGAGGUGACAAGGAUGUGCCAGGGGGAGCGUAUAUCGUUCGACGAAAGAAACAUUUUCUUCCUGCCGAUAACGAUUUAAAUUAUUGUUCCGUACACAAAAAUAACAAUGUCGACGACGAUUUAAAGUUCGAGUUACAACAGGACCCAUUCGAAGGGUCCUCUGCAAUCGAGAAACCAUUGGUCAAGGAACAUCACAUAUUAUGGUCGAUGAGCUACAGCGUUCCCGUGUUGUAUUUCAAUGGAUGGAAGUCAGCCCAUCUUGAACUAGGCUAAGCACAGCGAGCAAAGGGAACAAGAGUGUCUAAAGGGGAAAGACCCGAGAAACAAUGGAAAUGUACGUUUUAUGAGGAUUCUUGCGUUCGAACACUCUCCCCCAAUUGUAGUAAAUAGAUCUCGCUACCGACAAUUUCUACCAACUUUAUUGCUUUAUUGCAAAUUUGAUCGUUGCCGCGUUAUUGAUUAUGUAUCUCUAUGAAAGGCGUAUAGUUCGAUUGUAUCC